UAUAAUCCAUUGUACGAAGGUAAUAAAAUCAUGACUAAAUUUUAGAAAUAGAAUAAUUCUUUGUUCACAUGAGAAUGUUUCACAUGUUAACUCAAGUCACCGGUUUCCAGUUGGUGAUGCAGAGGUUGUGAUGGCGACCCGGGACUGGUCGGACUCCGAGUCAGUGGCCAGCAGCGUUGCGGCCGCGUCUGAAGUGUCCACGGUGCCUGACAAGUUUGGCUUCCUAGGAGGUGCACAGUACUCGGAGGACUGUGAGGAGACUGUACCGGUCGAUGUGAUCAGACGACGCGAGAAAAAAUGGCUGGAGAUGUUCAGCAACUGGGACUCUCACAUGCUCAAGAAAUACAAGAAAGUCUGUGACCGCUGUCGUAAGGGCAUUCCAUCAUCACUGCGCGCACGAGGAUGGCAGCACCUGUGUGGUGCUCACAAACAAUUAGAAAGAAACCCCGGAGCGUUUGACCAGCUUGCUGAGGCUCCUGCUGAUCCCCGACUUGAAGAUGACAUCAGAAAAGAUCUUCACCGGCAGUUUCCCCUUCAUGAAAUGUUCCUUCAGAAAGGAGGUCAUGGGCAAGAAGAUUUGUUCCGUGUGCUGAAGGUGCAUGCGCAGGUGUCACCUGAUGAGUACUGCCAGGCUCAUGCUCCUCUUGCCGCUGUUCUUCUCAUGCAGAUGCCUGCCGAACCUGCAUUUUGGUGCUUAAAAUCGAUCUGCGAUAAAUACGUUCCCGGCUACUAUGCAAGAGGACUGGAAGCAAUUCAAGUUGAUGGAGACAUCUUGUACAAACUCUUGAAGAAAGUAUCACCUUCAGCUUAUAAACAUCUAAAGAAGCAUAAAAUUGAGCCAGUGUUA